AUGUCUUCGAACAAUAACGAUCUAAACAUUGUUUUUGUUGACCCUUCGCGACAAACUUCCUGUAAAAGUCUUAUCAAAGAAAAUCAGGCGCUUAAGGAUGAAAAUUCUUCCUUAAACUCUAAGAUAUCUUCUUUAGAAGCAGAACUCUCUUCACUUCGUCAAUCUGUUUCUCAACUGACUCUUCUCGC